GUAAUUAUAUAAACUCGGGUUUUUCAUCCUUGAUUUUGUGUGGCUAGAACGGCAGAGAGGAGAUGGACAUAAUUAAGCUGAACUUCAAAGUUUUUUGUUGCUGGAAGAGAAGAUUCAAGCUGAGGAUGGCAGAACCUCCGCAAGAACUCAAGAACGUCUUUGUCAAUUACUCUCAUAACGGAACAAUGACAAUUGAUGACCUUCGGAGUUUUCUGGUUCGGUAUCAAGGAGAAACGAAUGCCACCAGAGAGGAUGCUCAGGCCAUUUUUGAUAGCCUCAAGCACCUCAAUAUCUUCCAGAGGAGAGGGCUGCAUUUAGAGGCCUUUGUCAGAUACCUUCUCGGCGAUCUUAAUAUUCCUCUUUCUUCAUCCCUCGGGGUGCACCAUGACAUGAAUGCUCCACUGGCACAUUAUUUCAUAUAUACAGGACAUAACUCAUACUUGACAGGGAACCAAAUUAACAGUGCAUGUAGUGCUGAUCCUAUUGCAAAAGCUCUUCAAAGAGGUGUAAGAGUAAUUGAAUUGGAUCUGUGGCCAAAUUCUAAUGGAAAGAAUGUGGAAGUUCGCCAUGGCGGGGCGCUGUCAAUGACUUCUCCAGUGGAACUCGACAAAUGUCUAGUUGCUAUUAAGGAGAAUGCAUUUCUUGCUUCUGAAUACCCUGUUGUGAUAACUUUUGAAGAUCACUUAACCCCAAGUCUUCAGAGCAACGUAGCAAAGCUGGUCACGAAAAUAUUUGGAGAUAUGCUCUAUAAAACUGGAUCAGAAUAUUUGACGGAAUUUCCUUCACCAGAAUGUUUGAAGAGAAAGGUUCUGAUUUCAACCAAACCACCAAAAGAGUACCUAGAAAGUCAUAGGAGAAGGGAAAGAAGUGAAGAAUGGGAAGCAGAAAUGGAUGAGGAAGAAAUUCCGGAAAAGACAGAAGAAGAUUAUGAAGCUCAAACUAGUAAGAAGCAGGAACAGGCUGAGGGGAGAGAACAUGAUCCUGAUGAGGAUGAGGACAAGACUACACAGGAGUACAGGCAUUUAAUUGCCAUUCAUGCAGGGAAAACGAAAGGCGAAUUGCUUGACUGGCUGAAGGACGAUCCAAGAAAAGUCAGACGCCUUAGCUUGAGUGAGCAAGAGCUUGAAAAUGCUACAAGAAAGCAUGGAUCCGCAGUUGUCAGGUUUACUCAGAGGAACUUGCUGAGGAUUUUUCCAAAGGGUACACGUUUCGACUCAUCCAAUUACUGUCCUUUUAUUGGAUGGAUGCAUGGAGCUCAGAUGGUUGCAUUUAAUAUGCAGGGACAUGGGAAGCAUCUCUGGGCAAUGCAAGGAAUGUUUAAAGCCAAUGGUGGAUGUGGAUACGUUAAGAAGCCUGAUUUUCUAUUAGACAGAGGUCCAAGUAAUGAGGUUUUUAAUCCUAGCGAGGCAUUACCAGUGAAAACAGUCUUGAGGGUGAAAAUCUACCUGGGAGAAGGGUGGCAUGUAGAUUUCCAUCAUGCAGACUUUGAUCGUUACUCCCCACCAGACUUCUUUGCAAGAGUUGGGAUUUCCGGGGCUCCAGCAGAUCAAAGAAUGGAGAGAACACUAGCGAUUGAAGAUGAGUGGCUGCCGGUAUGGAACCAGGAUUUUGGGUUCCCCCUCACAGUUCCAGAACUAGCUGUGCUCAGGAUUGAAGUCCUGGAGUAUGACACUACUAAGAGACCUGAUUUUGCAGGCCAAACAUGCUUGCCUGUGUCAGAAUUAAAAACUGGGAUCCGAGCAGUUCCAUUGCAUGACAGGAAAGGAGACAAAUACAAGCAUGCAAGGCUUCUUAUGCGUUUUGGAUUCGAGACUCCUUUUUGCUACUGAAAGGAGAAAUCGACAACAUGUGAUUAUGAAUUUCACCAUCACAUUACUCUUCAUUGAAUAAUUGAGUACAAUAUUUACACAAACCAAAAGGGAGCCAUAUCUAUGAUCUACAGUAUUUCUGAUUUUCUAUAUUAUAAUGUACAAAGUGCUAGAAUGGACACUUUAACCAUAGAUAUUUUAGGGUUUAGGGGGCUUCAUGUUCAAUUUGAUCAUAAACAAUCCUUCCUAAGUUGACAAAACAAUAUUCAAUGUCUCAUGCUCUCUUCAGUCAUCACAUGUCUUGUAUUUGGUCUGACAAGGUAUCAGACAGGCUGGAGCUGAUCACAGGUCCCUUUGAAUUUUAACAAAUCCUUUUGAAAGCUUAAAGCCUUUGGUAGGUCCCAAGAUUAAAGAAACAUAAAGCAUGGUAGAUCCU